UUUUGUUGUCAAAUAUUUCCCACAAGUCAUUGCAGGCCACGUCCGCAGCCGCCAUAGAAUUUGGUUUUGAACGUGGAACACGUACUUAGCAGCCAAAAUGAAUAUUUUCAGACUAUGUGGGGAUAUGUCCCAUUUGGCUGCAAUCAUAAUAUUGUUAUUGAAGAUGUGGAAGACUCGUUCUGUCGCAGGUAUUUCUGGUAAAAGUCAGAUUUUGUUUGCCACAGUCUUCACAGCAAGAUACUUGGAUCUCUUCACAUCUUUCAUUUCUAUCUAUAACACUUGUAUGAAGGUGUUUUUCAUCGGAACAGUAUAUUUCACCAUUUAUUUGAUUUACAUGAAGUUCAAAGCUACCUAUGACAGCAAUCAUGACUCCUUUCGUGUGGAGUUCCUUAUUGUACCCGUUGGCGGUCUAGCUUUUCUUGUAAAUCAUGAGUUUGCCCCACUUGAGAUUAUAUGGACAUUUUCAAUCUAUUUGGAGUCAGUUGCCAUCUUGCCUCAGCUAUUUAUGAUCAGUAAAACUGGAGAGGCAGAAACUAUUACCAGCCAUUACUUGUUUGCCUUGGGAUCAUACCGUGCCCUGUAUUUGUGUAACUGGAUCUACAGAUAUUACGCUGAGGGAUUCUUCGAUCUUAUUGCAGUGGUAGCUGGUGUAGUUCAGACAAUAUUGUAUUGUGACUUCUUUUAUCUUUAUAUUACAAAGGGAAAGGGCUCUCUGCUGUUUACAAAUAAUGAGAUUGUUUUCAAGGAAUCCCCUUUGCUGGAAGUUUAAACAGUCACACUUUGAUGAAAGGCAAGAAGAUAUCUUUACCAGCCUAAAUCUUAGAUACUGACUGAAGUCAUGGACCAUUAUGAUAAUUCUGACUUUUUUAUUUUGGGAAGUUAGGAACCAUUUCUAAUAUUUUGCAUGCGUGAGAAAGUGAGCGAUUACUGGUGCUUUUUUUUUGGUUGUCAAUGAACAGUUGGUGAACACCAGAUGUAUGGAUAAAGAAGAUUACAGUGCCAAUUUGUUUGUUGUACAGAUUAAACCAGGGUUUACAGAUAGCAAUUCUACUCGUAGAGAUCUAAGAUACUAGACAAUAGGAAUCAUGGAAUUUAUUUUAAAAAUUUGUAAUUAAUUAAUUUUAAUUAUGAUGGCUUGUUGGCUUUACUGACUGUUUCAUUUAUUUUUUUCCACAAGACUUCAAUUAGUAAUCUGAAGAAAAGCCUGCAUCUUUCAUCCUUCUUCAAGACUUCAAUUCAAUAUGAAAUAAAUUGUACAACUAUCUUUUGUAUUUGAUAUGUUUUUCAUGAUUAAAUGUAACCUAGCAAUUGCAUUGCUGUUACUGUCAAUAUAGAUAAACAUUUAACAAUCGUCUAGGCCUCAAUAAGUCAAUUUGCUGUUUAAGAAAGGGCAUAACUUUAGAGAUACAUGUAUGUAGAAUAAGUCUAUAUUCAUGAAAUGAAUUAAAAUUGCAAACAAACUUUAUUUAUGAUAAUGAAUAUAAAAUGUAGCAAAUGGCAUCGUGUACAUUGAGUUUAAAUACAUUGUUGAAAGUUCGUCAUCUAGUUUCAUGUUGAGAUAUUAUUAUAUUUUUUAAAGAAUGAGGUACAAUGUGUUCUCCAAUAAUUUUUGUGUUUUUAUGAUAUCUUAAUUAGAUGCAAAUCAGUGAUUCUUGAGGCUUUAUAGAUUUUCCAUCAGUCAAAAAUAGACCAAAAAGGUUUCUGUCUCAUUUUAUACCUUACAAACUUAUACUUUUUUAAAACCACACGCUUAAGAUGUGUUCCUAACACAUGAAAGAAUGUGAUUUGAUCUGAUUACAAAUAUUCGAAGAUAUAUUAAGACUACUUGUAUAAUUUGAAAUAACAAUUACUAUUGUACAACUGGUUUUGAAAUAUGGAAAAGUUUAUGAUGGCAAAAUAGUUUUAUUUAAGUUAAUCUUUUAUACAUGUAUUCUAUGAUUAUUGCAUGUAUUAAUAUUUGGAAAUUUUUAUUGCUUUGAAUAUAUUGAAUGUAGAACUAAAAAACUUGGUAACACAAUAUACAAAUAUAUGAUAGUACAUUUUGAAUAGUAUUUUGAAAUUAACAUAGAGUUAUUCAUUAUGAAAGAUUGUUAUAAAUGUAUGUUUUGAUAUAGAAUGUUAAAGAAUAUAAGUUUUUGUUAAUGUUUGUUGGUAUAGUGUUGAAACUAUAUAUUCCUUUUAUCUUUUCAACUUUCCUGAUUUUGAUACAUAUGGAUGUAAACAGUUAAAAAAUACCAUUGAAAUUUUAUAAUUUGUUUUAUGAAUGAAAUAUCUUGGUGACUUAUGCUCAUAGUAAGAAAUUAGAUGUCUUAUAGAACAAACUACGGUAAUGUUAAUAUAUUGUAUGAGCAGCUUGAGUUUUACUGUAAAACCCAAUUGCAAAAGUGCAUUAAAACAAUAUGAUACCAAAAUUCAAUUGUAUAUUUAAACAUGGUGUACCACUAUUUUUAUGAAAUCCAUUUUAAUAUUUAAAGUUUCUUUCAAAAAAAAAUUUAUAUGAUAAAGAUAUUGUUGAAAUAUAUAUUAAUUGAAGAAUGAACAUUAGAAAAUCCAAAUUGUAUUCUAUGUUUGUUAUGUGUUUAUAACCAUUGCAGUUAAUUGCUAAAGGGUUAUUAUGAAAAGGAAGAUUUUGUUUGAAUGAACCCUUGGAUAUCUCUAUUUCCUGAAUUUCCCAUAUGUAUGCCAAUGGUGUAAUGUGAUUUUUUUUCAUUGACAAAUAUCAGUAUUUCAUUAACAUGGAUCAAAACCUAUGGAUUUAGGGAGUAAUUGUAUUGUAUGCAAAACCUUAAAAUUAGUUUGGUAACCUAGCUAUUUAUGUUAGAUUUUAUGAUUGAGUAUGUUUACCCAUGUAGGCCCUCAAUUAUAACAAGUGGACAAACUUUAACCCAUAUUUCAGAAUAUUAUUAAGUCAAAUCCAAUGAAACAGAUUGAAUUAGAAUUGAUAUGUUUUACACAGUGACCAUCUAAUCUUGUAAUUUCAGUAGUUACUUUAAAAAGAGUAUAUGAGGUUGUCUGCUUUAAUCUUCCAUCAGAUGUUUGAUUUUAAAAUAAUGUCUUGCCUUAUUCAAAUGGUUAAUCUGUAGAUGUUUUUUUUUGUUUGUUUGUUAAUUAAUCACGUCUUCAAUUUCUUCAGAUCUUGUCUUUCCUGUUUACUUUUAUACACCAUUAAACCUGUCCAACCAACCACCCCUGUAGACUGGACAGAUAAAGUUAUUCCCAAUGCUUAGAAUAGUGUGAUAUCUUAAACUAUCAGAAAGUAAUGACACCUUGCUAUUGAUUCAUAUUGAACAUGCUUUAAAAUAUGUAAAUACUUUAAUAAACACUUUUUUUGAGAAAAUGAAUAGAAUUCUUAUUAAAACUUUUGAAAGAAGGUUCAAGGACAUAGGUACUUUAAAAAAAAGCUUUUCAUUGGUUAACACUUUUUCCUUAUUGCCUGAGUCUAUUUUCAUCAUAUACAGACUUAUUAUUUCUUCUGUCUUCUCAGAAACAAUCUUAAAUUUUGGCAUUAAAAGUAGAAAUAUGUAUUAUAUUGCCAUGUGUCGUUACAAAAAGUGCUAUUAACUACAAGUGGAGAGAAUGACAACUUUUUAUCGUGUUUCAAGUGCAAUUGUAUGAAAGAGAAUGAAGUCAUUAUAAAGUUUGUGUAAAUAGCAUUGUAAUGUAUUAAUAUGUGAAUAAAAUAUCACAAGUUUUAA